AAAGCAAAGUAAGGCCCUGCUCUUUAAAAGACAAUGAUAAAAGGUUUUAACUGAGUGUGUAUCAUUUAUUUGUAAGUAAACAUGCUAAUUCUUAUUCUGCCUAGACAAUCACGUUGUUAAAACGCUGCACACAGGCGGUGCACAAACACACACAUAUCCUACUUUGUUUCCAGCGGAAAACAAGUGAUUUAUUGGACGAUUUACAACCCGGGGGUCCGUGCGUAAUUAAAAAGCGAAUGGGGGAUUGUGUUGAGACAGUCGGCGUGCGGCAGGGUUUCUCACAUCCUCUGAGCGGGGUGGGGGGCUCAGGAAUGGAGGGAGAGGGUGGAAAGAUCUUCACUUGAGGAAUUUGAAUUCUGUUUGAAGGGGGAGAGAGGGAGAGCCAGGGGAAUGUCUGAGAGAGUCUGAGGGAGCCGGUGUGCAGGAGGGAGACUUAGAACGCCAGACUCAGGAAACGCUAGUUUAAGAAUAUUUCCUGGGUUCCCUGAAAUAGACUCUGCUUGGGACAACUUAAUCAGUGGCCUAAAGUUUGGAGCGCCUCUUGGCUGUGCGCUUUGGGGAAACUAAAAGUUCGGUGGACAGCUCUCUGUAUUGGGAUCAACCAAAACAACUGCAGGGUAAACGCGACAGGACUCUUGAGCAGCGCAGAGCUAUUUUCCACAGUCUGUCUCCGCAAAGAGGGAACUGAAAGGACGGCAUCCGAUUUGCUUUGGCCACAUAUGUGGACAGUCACUUUUUCAGCAUCGGUUUAAGUAAAAGCAAAGCUUUUAUCCAGAGCACAGACGCGGAUCACUGAGCUGCUGAGAUGCGCUGAUGGAGUCCGGCGAUGUUUCUAAGAUAACUGCUCGUUUCAUGGAGUUAAUUUUCAGAGGUGGUCUCGUUUCAAGAAAAACCAUGAGCUGUUUCAAGUGGUCACUUCUGAUUCUCGCCGUCAUUUCAUCUGAUUGGGGGCCAGUAACCGCCGGAACACUGACAGAUUUGGAGUUUGAGCGGAGUCCUUUUGCUGUCGUCUCUUCGCUGGGUAAACCAGUUAAACUGCAGUGCACCCUGAGAGGUACAGGGGCUGAGGAAGAGGACCCCCCUGAUGUGAUCUGGUUGAGAGACAGUGUGCCACUUCAGUUCGCAGACACUAACCAGUUCCAAGUCCCUACUAGCAGCAACAGUUGGACGAUCAUGAGCACGCUGCGCAUUGAGAAGGUCCAGCUUCCCGACAUGGGCUCCUAUCAAUGUGCUGUUCUAUCAGGAGGCCACCGGAUUUUGUCUGAGGAGGGGAGCAUUCAACUAGAGGGCCUUCCUCAUUUCUCUGUGGAGCCUCAGCACAUGUCUGUAGUGGCCAAUGUAUCCCUGAGCCUGAGCUGUGUGGCCCACGGACCUCCAGAGCCAGUCAAAGUCAUCUGGCUGCAGGACGGCGCCCCUCUCAACUCCCUGACCGACCUGGUAGCCUUGUCACCCUCCACACUCAACCUCACAGGUUUAAACAGAACUAGCACUUUCUCUUGUGAAGCCCAUAACCGCAAAGGUGUGGCCACAUCUGGAUCUGGCACCAUCACUGUUCUUCCAUCCCAGCCCCAGAAUCUGAGGGCUGUGGAAACCACUCAGACCAGCCUCCUUUUAUCAUGGCAGCCUGGUUUUGGAGGCGACUACCCAAUAAUCCGUUGCUCAGUCCAGGCCAAACUUUCAGGAGAGUCCGUCACAGCAGGCCCAGAUAAACUGGUCCACAACCAGAACGUGAACAUUCCACCAGCCACCCACCUCAUCAGGGACCUGGAGCCCUAUAGCUUCUAUGCUGUCAGGGUAGCCUGUCACAGCAGCCAGGGUCCAUCCAACUGGUCCCCCUGGAUAGAACUACGCACCAAAGAAGGAGUGCCAGAAAACCCACCCACUAAUGUGACUGCCGUGCUAAAUGGGACAGAGGUGCUGAUGACGUGGGAGGGGCCUCUAGGGAAGCUGAAUGGAGAUCUACAGGGCUACAUGGUGGAGUACAGCACACCUUCCACUCAGCAGCUGGUUGUGGAUACUGGAUUGAACACUGAGGUGUUAAUGAAUCUGUCGGCCCCUCUGUCCAAUUUGUCUUUUCGAGUGUGUGCCUAUACAGGGGCAGGGCAGGGACCUUGGACCCCCACACAAACUCUGACACUUACUACACCUGAGAUGGAGGAAUUUAGAGGUCCGUCGUCACCCCCAGCCUUUUCCUGGCACUGGUGGUAUGUGGUGAUGGCCAUUGCUGGUGCCGUGUCAAUAGCUGUGCUCAUUGCUGUGUAUGUGGCCAAACUGCGGCGCAAGGAGACGCGCUUUGGAGAGGCAUUUGAACCUAUGAUGGAGAGCGGAGAGCUGGUGGUCCGGUACCGUGCUCGCCGCACAUACAGCCGCAGGACUACAGAAGCAACAUUGAACAGCCUUGGAAUCAGUGACGAACUGAAGCAGAAGCUCCAGGAUGUGAUGGUGGACAGACAUAAACUAACCCUGGGAAAGACACUGGGAGAAGGGGAGUUUGGCUCUGUGAUGGAAGGGCUGCUGACUCAGGAGGAGUCUGUUCUCAAAGUUGCUGUCAAGACUAUGAAAAUCGCUAUCUGUACCCGCUCAGAGAUGGAAGAUUUUCUCCGUGAGGCUGCCUGUAUGAAAGAGUUCGACCACCCCAAUGUCAUGAGGCUUCUAGGUGUGUGUCUGCAGACGGUGGAGAGUGAGGGCUACCCCUCCCCUGUGGUCAUCCUGCCCUAUAUGAAACAUGGAGACCUGCACAGCUAUCUGCUGUACUCAAGACUGGGAGACUGUCCUGUGUACCUCCCGUCUCAGAUGCUGGUGAAAUUUAUGACUGAUAUCGCCCGGGGGAUGGAGUACCUCAGUAGCAAGAACUUCAUCCAUAGGGAUCUUGCUGCCCGCAACUGCAUGCUGAAUGAGAACAUGAAUGUUUGUGUGGCUGACUUCGGCCUCUCCAAGAAGAUCUACAAUGGAGACUACUACAGGCAGGGGCGGAUUUCCAAAAUGCCUGUCAAAUGGAUUGCCAUUGAAAGCUUGGCCGACCGUGUAUACACCACAAAAAGUGAUGUGUGGUCGUUUGGAGUCACCAUGUGGGAAAUCGCCACACGCGGCCAGACCCCGUACCCUGGGGUCGAAAACAGUGAGAUUUAUGAUUACUUAAGACAGGGAAACCGUCUCAAACAGCCUCCAGACUGUCUGGACUGCAUCUAUGCUCUGAUGUUCUCCUGCUGGUUGCUGAGCCCGAAGGAUCGCCCAUCAUUUGAGUCCCUGCGCUGUGAACUGGAAAAAGCCCUUGAGGAUCUGCCGGACCUCCAGGACCCAGAUGAGAUCCUGUAUGUCAACAUGGACGAGUCCUCCAUGGAGCUUGGGGCCGUUGGUGGUCGUGAUCCCAUUGGGGGGCCACCCCCUCUCUGCCUGAAGGCCCUGGACUCUGUGACCACAGUGGAGGUCCACCAACCCAACCGUUAUGUCCUCUGUCCCCAACACGAGACCAACCGAGCCCUCUCAGACUCCCUGGAGAGCCUGGAGAUGCCGGUGUCGUCCUCCACAGCCACGCUGCCUCUACAGCCAUCCUGCCAUUCCACUCCCAACCCCACUCCAGCUCCCACGCCCACUGUUGAGCUGCUGGAGGACAGGGAGGGGAGCAGGAGAAUGCACUGGCAGUGAUAGCUUCACUUAAAAAUGGCAAGACUGGUCACUACCAAAAUGUGCCAUCCUUUCACCCCAGUCCAAGAACCAUAGCCAGCCUCUUGCUACUGACUUGUAAGAAACCACAAGUGCCCAUACAUACAUAUUUUGCACAAACACACUCAUACAGAUACGACCCAAGGCAUUCCACGGAAGUGAAGGAUUGGGAUCAUUUCUUUUUCAACCCUUCUCCUCUCUUCUAAAAUAAGCACAUUUCCAAGUGAGUGUAAAAGGUGUAGCAGGACAAACACUAUUAUCCAACAACAGUGGGUGAACAAAUGUAGAGCACAUGUUGUUGCCCACAUACACUGCAGCACAAUCAAUCAGACAAGUUAAUUCCCAGUCAUGAUAGCAAUAAAAUACCAUAUCUGUACAACUACCUUUACAGAGCAGACUAUUGUCCUCCAUGUUAUUAAGCUACAACAUCAAAUGUCUUUGUAAAACCAGCUCAAACACUGCCAGGCUGAAUCUACAGCUGAACACACUCAGGAGCUUGUACUUUCCAGUGAGUAAGUCACAACUAGCUGAGAAAAUGGAUGAAGAACCCACCUAACUCCUGCUGUGUAACUCGAGGAUGAAUUGGAAUGAAAAGAAGCAGCAGAGUUUGUUUUAUUGAUGAAAUCUUUUGAUGAAGACAACUGCCCGCUUUUAGUAUAUAUUGACAUAAAAUUAUGGAAGUAUGUAAAAAAAACAAACCCACAACAACUGAAAAAAUAAGUGAUAAUCAUAUUUAGCGGAGACAGUGAAAUGCCACUGCAGGCUUCUGAGACUUUAAUGUGAAGCUGUUAUGAAUGAAGAAGGUCUCAAGCAUCUAAAAACUUACAGCAGUUCUUACUGCAGCCUAAUGUAGCGCUCUAACAAGCUGUAUCUUCCUGAGGUUUUACUGCUACAGUAGUUGUAUUUUAAGCCCAGUGAGUAAUUUGCAGUUCACACAAGGUGACUUUCACACAGGAGAGACAACUGUGCAAGUCCUGAUUCAGCCAGUCUGCAUAUCUUUAUCAUAUCUCAGGAACCUGGGACUUUGCUCUACAGUAACAAAAGUACAAAGGCGGCUGUGGCUCAAGAGCUAGAGUGAGUCGUCUCCUAAACAAAGGGUUUGAUUCCCGGCUCCUCUAGUCCACAUGUAGAAGUGUCUUUGGGCAAGACACUGAACCCUAAGUUGCUCCUGGCGGUUGUGAAUGCUUGUGUGCACAAACGGGUGAAUGGGAAAUGGUGUAAAACAGAACUGCGCUACAUAAAUAAGCAUAAGACCAUUAAAUGGUCAAAACAAGAGGGUACAUGUGAUCAGAGGAAGGUGGGUAGAUUAAGGAUAGGUACGGGCAUAAUGGAGUUACCUAAAGCAAAUGGCAGGAUAAAUUCCUCACCUUUGCUUUUGGCUCAAGCACAGUGUUACUACACAUUUUGUAUGCUCAUCUUUGUUUUGUUUUUUACAACUUUGCACUAAUGUUUUUAUAUCAGUGUAUGUAAUUUGUAUAUCUUUAUGCUUCUUUCAUCUCACUUUCUGUACAUUCUCAGUUGUAGACACAUCUGUUCACUUGUAACAACUUGCAUAAAGCCAGAGAACAAGGCCAGUGAAAACACUGCAGAAAACGUUGAGCUCAAUUGAAAGAGCGUUUUCUGUAGAUGAGCAAAGACUGCGAGAUUGGGAAACAUGACUGGUGUCAUCAUCUGACUUCAUAAUUUUUUUCUUUUUGUGGGGAAUAUUUUUGUUUCUCGAGGUUUAGCACUGUAAAUAGAAGCCUAACACCAGCAGAGUCAUGGAGGAGGAGACAGAAAGCAGCAGAUGAAAACCAAACACAAGUGAGCAUUGUCUAAACCUCUGCUGUGAGGAAGGUCGCCAGCUGCAACGUCACAUCAUGCAUGCACUUAUUUUUAUAUAUGUAUAUUUGCUAAGGUUCACUAUUUUGCCAUUAGAAUGAACUUGACCAUAUCACCACAGACAUUUUGGGAGAACAUUAGUUUAAAUGAGGAUUUUCUCAGUUGUAUACAUCAGCGGUACAUAUGAGACAGUAUACAGUGGUGUGUUACACCUGUAACAUUACUGAAUAUCUGGUCAAAAUGAAAAGUACAUUACUUGCAAACACCUUUGGUACUGUAUACUCCGCUGGUCACAGUUUCUGAUCCAUGGACAGUGGUGGUGAGACUGAGGUACUGGAUGUGAAUAUUUCACCUCUUUUAAUGCAGAUGCACCAGAUGUUUAAAACGGUUUGGUUGCACAGCAAACCAUAAUCAAGUGCCUUCCAAGAGACAGUAUUUUGCAUUAUAGUAGGUUUUGUAUGGUUUUGAUUCUCGUGAUGUGUUGAAUUGGUAGAGGACUGUGCUAUAAUAAUACCUUUAUAUUGUCACUGCCAUGGUUUUUAAACAAACUUUUAUACAGUAGCUACAGUAUUUUGUAUAAGAAAUAAAUGUGUUUAUUCAUGAACGAGC